AUGGUAUUCAGACACUCCCUUAAUCAAAGAGAAAAGUCCUGGGAGAUGAAUGAACUGACCUUUAAGAGUUGUCACAUGUUUUCCUUCCAGGUAUCAGCAGUGGAUUCCUUGGAGGGUCCCCUCCUUCAGGUGGAAGGAUUGAGUGAUCUGAGACUGGAGCUCCACAGUAAGAAGAUGAACAUGCACUUAGUCCUGAUAGAUGAAUUACACCGUCACCUUUACAUCAAAUCAACGAACCGAGUGGGACAACGCAACAAGGAGAAAGGGAGAAUAAGUUCACUUGUGAAAGAUGCCUCUCCUGUACCUCUUGUGGAUGUUACUAACUUGUCUACACCUCGAAAGUUCCUUGAAUCUUCCCAAUUUGGUACUCCUGGAAGCUCCAACAUACGAGAAACAAGCCUUCUGGAAAUUAAAGAAGAUACAGAACUGGAUCCAGAGGAGAACAGCACUGUCUUCAUGGGCAUACUCAUCAAAGGGCUGGCCAAGCUGAAAAAGAUCCCUGAAACGGUGAAAGCCAUCCAGGAUCGCUUAGAACAGGAGCUCAAGCAGAUUGUUAAUCGAUCCACAACCCAGGUGGCUGACAAUGGUUACCAGAGAGGGGAGAAUCUUUCCCAGGAAAAUCAACCUAGGUAA